AGUUCAGAGCCACUUUUACCACCACUAACGACAUUUGACCAAAACUUAUUUACUCAGCUGAUUAGAAAAACAAAAGCUUCAAAAAUGUUCGAACCGGAGAAACAUGGGCUAGCGCCCGAUUUUCAGCUAACUAAGUUUACAACGCACACCGGAUGAAGUUGCAAAAUCCCCCAAAAAGUACUUGAAAAGUACCUACGGGGAACAGACAUAGCUAAUACAAACAAUGAAGGAUAUCUUAUUGGCUCUGGAAUGGACUGUGCAGUGAUUCCACUAAAACGGCAUGAAGAUAGUUUACUUGUUCAGACUGUAGAUUUUUUUUACCCCAUGGUAAAUGAUCCCGAAGUUUUGGGUCGUAUUGCUAUUGCCAAUGUUUUAAGUGAUGUCUUUGCGGUGGGAGUGACAGAAUUCGAUGCAGUGGAACUGAUUGUAAGCACCUCGACCAGCUUCUCAGAUAAGGAAAGAGACGUUCUAAUAUCCCUUAUUAUGAAAGGAUUUCGAAACUCAUUGAAAUCAAAUGGGUUUCAUAAUACUGUCGUACGGAUCAAGCAACUUAAGAUCAAUCCAUGGUGUAUAGUCGGUGGUAUAGCAACAUCUGUCUGUCGGAAAGAGGAAAUUAUCUUGCCUUCCAAUGGACAACCAGGUGAUGUUUUGAUACUCACGAAACCCUUGGGUGGCCAGAUGGCAAUGGAUGCCGCCCUUUGGCAACGUAAUCAGACUGAGAGGUACAAAACACUCCGAUCUGAAUUCAGCGAUGAAGAAAUCAAGGAGACCUUUGAAAUCGCAGUAAAAUCGAUGACCUAUUUGAAUAAAAAUGCUGCACAUUUAAUGCACAAAUACAAAGCACACUGUGCCACCGACAUCACAGGAUUUGGCUUAUUGGGACAUUCAAAGAAUCUUGUCAAUUUCCAAAAGGAGAAACUUUUGUUCAAGAUCCAUACAUUGCCAUUCAUCAAAAAUGUUUUGCAGUUCAGUUCUCUUGUUGGUCAGAGUGCAAAGUUCCGAUCUGGCAGAUCUGUAGAAACAUCUGGUGGUCUACUGAUCUGUAUUCCUCCCGAUGCUGCGGACAAAUUUUGUCUAGAAUUUGAAGAGGUUACAUGCGGGAAGCAAAAAGCUUUUGUAGUUGGUACUGUUGAAAAGGCAUUAGAGUCGGAUGCCACAUUGAGCGAUAAUGUAAACUUCAUUGAAGUAAGUCUGUAAAAAUAUUUGGAAUAUAUUAAUCAUUCAUCUUAUGAUGAUUAUUUUAUAAAGGCUUAGCCAGGAAAUAAUCUGAAAUUUAUUGUACGCUUGGACUGUAUAAUAAUCAUGAUGAUUAGUUGAAACUGUUCCGAAUAUUUAAAAGUAAUGAUGGGAUUAUAAAAAUAUAGAAAGUAAAUUGUUUAAAAUAAUUAUUCAUUCUAUGAUGACAAUUUCAUAAAGGUCUAAAAACCAGGAAAUAGUCUGAAAAUAAUUGUACACUUUAAUGUAUAAUAAUCAUGAUGAUUAAUUUAAACUUUUUAAAAUAUAUUGUCCCAAUACAAAUAAAGAAAAUGAUUCUCAAAAUUAAGUGUUUCGUUGUAUUUUAUUUUAUGUAGUGCUCCCAUUGCAGUGCAGGUAAACGGUUUGCUUUAUAAAUAAUUAAUUUUUAAUAUAAUGCUGCUUUUAGUAGCCUUUUAGUAGAAUAUUGCACCCAAGGGCUAUAAUAUACCAAUAGUAACACUUGUCUCAAACACAUGUUAUGAAAAAGGCAGUUGUCCUUAUUUGGUACCUUUUACUGUUGGUAUCCUCCCCGCAGGAAAAAAACACCCUUAACGGGAAAAUUAAAGGACGGCAAAGGACACUGACUUUGUUAAACUCAUUGGAGUGACAAAAUAAAUUAUAAAAUGCCAAGCAAUCGACUUUAAGUUAAAAUUGAAAUCUCGAAUAUAAUAAUCCGCCCACUUCUGUGUCGCUUGGUAAAGUGAAAGUUGCCAUAAAUGUGAAACGGUCCAUUCAAUUGCCAAAUAACAAAAUGUUCAGGAGCAAAAAUGAAGGAAAUAUUGUGUACAAAUGCACAGUUCGACUCCUCGAUGAUUCCGACGUC